GGUGGGCGGGGCUGCGGGGGCCCAAGAAGGACGGCGGCCAUCUUGCGCAGAGCCGGAGUCGGACUCUGAGGCUGCUAACAGUGCGCGGGAGCUCGUACUCCUGCUCUUCUACGGUUGAUCCUCGCCGCGCCCCCGCGAGAGCCCUGGUCCACCGCCUCCCUGCGCCUGGCCUCAGCCCGGCCCGGUCAGGCCUCGCCACGGGGUCACGCGCGGCCGCCCCGAGGACGAUGAACGGAGGAUAAAUGGUGCCUAAGGCAGACAGCGGUGUCUUCUUGCUGCUCUUUCUGCUCGUGCUCACCGUCACCGAGCCGCUGCGGCCAGGAUUAAGAAUUUGUCUCCUCUUUUCCUGGCUGAAGAAAGCAAGAUUAACUGAGCAUGAGGAAUGAGAGACCUUGGUAUUACAGCCUUUGAGUUAUGAUGGGGACAAAUAGGAUGACUGGGAGACUGGAAAGAGCUGGAGAAAAGUGAAGAACUAGGAGGGGCUUGAUGGUUGGAAGCCUAGUCCACUUAGUUGUUGUACUGGAAGCACUCAUCGCCAGUCUCAUUGAGAAGACAUGUGCAGAGCUUCGGUGUAACCCUGGGCAGUUUGCCUGUCGCAGUGGUGCCAUCCAGUGCAUCCCCCUCUCUUGGCAGUGUGACGGCUGGGCGACUUGUGAGGAUGAGAGUGAUGAAGUCAACUGUCCAGAAGUAACUGGGGAGUCUCGGCCUUACCAUGGGAAGGAGUCUGUGGACCUACGGCAGGGGCGAGUCAGAGGAGGCGACCCUACACACUUCCACGCGGUGAAUGUGGCACAGCCUGUCCGGUUCAGCAGUUUCCUAGGGAAGUGCCCGACAGGAUGGCACCACUAUGAAGGCACAGCCAGCUGCUACCGGGUGUACCUGAGUGGGGAGAACUACUGGGACGCUGCACAGACCUGCCAGCGUGUGAACGGCUCCCUCGCCACUUUCUCUACCGAGGAGGAGCUGCGCUUUGUCCUGGCCCAGGAAUGGGAUCAGCCCGAAGUGGUCCCAUUUGGUUGGAAGGACCAGCGCAAGCUGUGGGUUGGCUAUCAGUAUGUUGUCACUGGCCGGAAUCGUUCCUUAGAGGGUCACUGGGAGGUGGCAUUCAAAGGCUCCUCGAAGGUGUUACUGCCCCCAGACCCCAUCUUUGCAUCGGCCAUGUCUGAGAACGACAAUGUGUUCUGCGCCCAGCUGCAGUGCUUCCACUUCCCGACGCUGCGGCACCAUGACCUCCACAGCUGGCACGCCGAGAGCUGCUAUGAGAAGUCCUCAUUUCUGUGUAAAAGAAGUCAAACGUGUGUUGACAUCAAGGACAAUGUGGUGGAUGAAGGCUUCUACUUCACCCCUAAAGGGGAUGAUCCAUGUUUGAGCUGCACCUGCCAUGGAGGAGAGCCUGAGAUGUGUGUGGCCGCCCUCUGCGAAGGUCCCCAGGGCUGUCAACAGUACCGAAAGGAGCCUAAGGAGUGCUGCAAAUUCAUGUGUCUGGACCCAGAUGGCAACAACCUGUUUGACUCUAUGGCCAGUGGUAUGCGCUUGGUGGUCAGCUGCAUCUCUUCCUUCCUCAUCCUCUCACUGCUGCUUUUCAUGGUUCACCGUCUGCGCCAGAGACGCCGGGAGCGCAUCGAGUCCCUGAUUGGAGCAAACUUGCACCACUUCAACCUUGGCCGGAGAAUCCCUGGCUUUGACUAUGGCCCAGACAGGUUCGGCACAGGCCUCACUCCACUGCAUCUUUCUGAUGAUGGGGAAGGUGGGACUUUCCACUUCCACGACCCUCCGCCUCCCUACACAGCUUACAAGUACCCAGAUAUCGACCAGCCCGAUGACCCACCACCACCCUAUGAGGCCUCCAUCAACCCGGACAGUGUGUUCUACGAUCCUGCAGAUGAUGAUGCCUUUGAUCCUGCAGAGGCUACCCCACCGACCCCAGGGGAUGGUAGCAGUGAAGGUGCAUUGCCUCAGUGCCUGGAACAGCCUCUGCCCCCUGCGGGGGCCUCCCUGGCAGACCUGGAAGACUCUGCAGACAGCAGCAGUGCCCUGCUCGUACCUCCUGACCCCACCCAGAGCAGGAGCACCCCAGCUGCAGAAGCACCACCAGGAGGUGGCCGCCCUAGCCGCGGCUCCCUAAAUACUGUGGUAUAGACAUCCCAGCACAUGGCUCCAAUAGGCUGGAAGUACCUGUUUGCUGUCGAGAAGACACCAGUCCCCGUGGGACACUUGAAGGGGUCCUGGCACAGCCUGGACCCUGAUCCACUGCCGCAUACCCACCAGGUGGUGUGCGUGUAUAUAGAGAGACCCCAGCUGCCUCUCUCCAAGGGGCAACCACCCGCACCAAGUUUCCUUGAGGGCUUCACAGAUAUGCAUAGCUUUGGGUCAGUGUCUCUUUUUUAAUGGCAAAAGAAUGAUGGUGUGUGUCCACACCACACAUUUCAGGAAGAAGGAACAGUAGGCACUAUGGGAACAGAAGGCUCUGGGAGUAGGGAUGGGGCCAUCUGAACAGUCAGUAUUGUUGAGGGAGUGGGCCUCCUUCCAGGGACACAGCCUUGGAGGCUGCUGCAUUGGCUGUUCUGGGAGUGGCCCCUCCAGGUCCAGCUGUGAACAUUGAAGUCCGAGGCCCUGAGGGGGUUGAACUCCAUCCCUCCCAUCUCUUCCAAACAUUGUUGUGCAUGGCUCCCCCAGGAGUAGGCUCUGGACCUCCAUUGAGGGUGUGGGACUAAACUGGUACCUUUCUCCACCUCUUGGGCCCCCCUUCCUGUUGAAUGGCCCCUGGGUCUGGUCUGCCCCCACCCUACCUUUGUGUCAUAAAGGGUUGUUUCCUUCAGGGAACCUAACAUCCAAGGCUGUGUCCAUCUCCUGAAAAGUCCACUUCUUGCACCACUGCCACCACUAGAGCCCAGUACUUGGUGGCUGCAUGCACGCCUCCCUCCCUCAGCAGCGCUGGGUGCUUGGGGGCCUUUUGCUUGAGGGUCCCAGGGGCCUGAUCAGGACAGUGGUCUUGUCUCCUGACACAGGCCUUUACUAUUUCUGAGGUUUGGAGAUUAAGCGGGUUCUGUGCGAUUUUUAGCACAUCCAUAUCUUUUCUACGUUGAAUGUCUGGAUCUUUUCUCUGUGUGUGUGUCUGUAUGUGUCUGUAUAUGGCCAAAUGUUUGCAGGCAGUGGUUCAUAGGAAUUCGGGGUAGGGCAGGGCCCUGCUGCCCCGGGUCUGACAUAAUCGUCUUGGGCUGUCCUGUGGUGGAGCUGUGCCUAAGACCCUGCCCUUAACCCAUGGACCUUGAAUGUGAGGGCCUUAUGCCACUAAGGAACAUCAGUGGGCAGAAGUGAUUGAUACAUUUGGUUUUGUGGAGCUCAGCCCAAUUGUAGGCACUUUUAAAAGGGGGAUCUCGAGUUGCUCAGACAUGGGCUAUGACCCAGAGUUGACUGGAGGUAUGUUUUUGUCAUUGAACAACCUAUCCCUGGGCUUAGCCCACAGGAACCAGAUGCUACAGUCUGUGCUUCCCUUGCCAAAGGGCUGCUGCUUAGAAUGACAUUAUGGCCACGAGGGCCUCAUGCCCACCAGAGGACAAGCAGGCCUCUAUAUGCUGGUUCUGGGAGACCCAUGAGAGUCCUGAGGACCACUCCAGCAAAGCCCCUACCUCCAGUAACUGAGGGGCCCUUCCAGGCCUCAGAAGUAUACAGGGCAGGGCAGCUGGCACAGUGUGUGAGGGGCUGAGAAGCUUGCUCUGAGGACUGAAGGACUGUUGGGGCCAGGAAGGCAGGUAGGGGAUGCAGUGAGGAAGAGAGUGACCCAAAGUGGGCUGUGGGGACUGCAGAGGUGUGCUUGCUUCAGGACUGGCAAGGGCGCUCUCAGGGUUGCCAGUGGCUCUUUUCUGUUGGGGAAACAUCGGAUGCUUAGCCCACUGCCAUCCUGAGGCUGACAGAAAGCCUGUGUACAGGGCUGCUCAGACCACUGGCUCCAGGAGCUGUGCUCUGCUGGGGUCAGUUGUGAGGGAAGCAAGGAGAGCUGGGGUCUGCCCAUCUGUUCUCACCUGUUCUCCGCCACCACCUCGAGAUCUGAUUGUUCUCUGAGGUCCGAUGAAGAAUCUCAAGGCUGGCCUUUGCUGAGCUGUGUUCCUGUGAGAGACAUAACCCCACUCACCCCACAAAUAGGACCCAAAAGAACAGUCCAAGCUCCUGGGCAGGACCCCCUCCCCCAGGACUACCUUGAUACUGUUCUGAAACCAGGUGCCGUCUGACCUGCCUUGUGGAGAUGGAAUUUGAUACUGUACAUUGUCUCAAUGCCUGUUUUUACUUUUCCUUUCACUAAGGGUUUUAGUUUGGGUAUGUUUUUUGUCGGAUUAACACUAAUCCAUUUCUUAAGAUGCUGUGAGAACCAUUUCAUCCAAAUGCCAAAUAAAUUUGUGUUCUAGAA